AUGUAUAUUUCUAGAUCUCUACUUAUUAAUAUAUUUUUUUUUGUAUUUGUAUUUGUUACUCAUAUAGAUCAUUUGAAUUUUGUUAAUGCUCAAUCAACACUACCAGCUGACGAAGAUACGAACCAAGUGGUUAAAUGUGGUGUUGUCAGUAGCGAGUAUCAUGUUUUAGAAGUCAAAUUACAACUUGGUUUUAAAUAUGCGGGUAUACCAGACAGCACAUUGGAGAAACUUAGUCUACCAUGGUGUAAAUCUUUUCAACUAUCAGCAUCCCAACAAGAGAACAAAUCAAUUAAUAUCCUCGAUUAUCUUGUUGAUCUACCUAAACUUGAAGAUUUGAGGGUACAACAAAUUCAAGUUCCAGUUAGUCUUCCAAGUUCGAUGAAUUUACCUAGUUUAAAGGUUUUGAUGGUUCACAAUCUUUUCAAUUUUACAACACUACCUAGUUGGUUCUUUUCCAAUAGCACCGGUUUAGAGACCCUCUUUUUAACAAUGGGAGAUAUUAGGCAAGAAGAUUUAUCAGGUUGGAGAUUCUCCAACUUGACCACACUUCGAAUGACAUUUGGCUGCCAGUCACCGACCACAUUGCCAAUCGAUUUGCUUGAUAUUUCAUUUCCAAAAUUAAAUGUGCUCCAAAUUACAAUUUUAAAUGGAUCUUGUUUUAUAGAUAUUCGUUCAAAUAUUACCAAGCUUGGUUCAUUAGAUCUAUUUACACAAAUAGGCGAAUCGAUUGAUCAAUCUUUGAAAGUUACUUUUGUCAAGAUUCCUUCUUUGUUAUUGAUAAAUAUUUAUGGUCCCUCAAUCACAUUUGAGCCAACUGAUUUAGGAGUUUUAAAAAAUCUUGAUUACCUGACUAUUCAAUAUGCCAACUUAUCAUCAUAUUAUCCAUUCAAAACAUAUCCGUCAACCUUGAAAAUAUUUGGUGAUUCAACUAUUUUAACCACCUCUUUGACUAUGCCCUCUGGAUUUGUUUGUGAUUUAUCAAAUUCUCAAAGUGUAGAUUUGAUUAAUGGAACUGGUAUAUUGAGUUCGAAAAAUAUUGGAUGGGGUAACAAAAAUACAACAAGGUAUAAUUUAAUUGCCACCAAACCAAAUAUACCAAACCAAGUACUCACAUUGAAAUUGGAUACAUUGUUGAUUGGGCCAAGACAACCUGUUUCCAUUCAAUUCAAUUCCAAAAUGCCAGAGCUGACAAGACAAGUACAAGUACAAGAGUUUGGUAUCUUUUUUGACACUCUGUCAAAACCAUUGGCCGUACAAACUGCAAAUUGA